GGCCCUGUCAAUUGUGCAGCAACAAUAGGGCGAUGAUAAAGCGUCCAAAAACUGGUCAGCAAGUUUGCAAAGAUUGCUUCUUCUUCGCAUUUGAAGAGGAGAUUCACAAGACUAUCACAGACGCUGGAACAUUCAAGAGAGGUGAGAGGGUAGCUAUUGGUGCAUCCGGUGGUAAAGAUUCAACCGUUUUGGCACAUGUUAUGAAAACACUCAAUGAUAGACAUGACUAUGGUUUGAACCUCUUUCUUUUAUCCAUAGAUGAGGGUAUAACUGGCUACAGAGACGAUAGUCUGGAGACAGUCAAACGAAACAAAGAACAAUACCAAUUGCCACUUAAAAUAUUGAGUUACAAUGAACUCUAUGGUUGGACUAUGGAUCGUAUAGUCGAAGCGGUUGGAAAGAAGAACAACUGCACUUUCUGUGGUGUUUUCCGUCGUCAGGCACUUGACAGAGGUGCAUCGAGUCUGAAUAUUAGCCAUAUCGUUACUGGGCACAAUGCAGAUGAUGUUGCAGAGACCGUCCUCAUGAAUAUCCUCAGAGGUGAUGUGAGCAGACUCGGUAGAUGUGUCGAGAUAACGACGCGCGGUGAAGACACCAUCAAGCGCUCCAAGCCAUUUAAAUACACUUACGAGAAGGAGAUUGUUAUGUAUGCCUACUUCAAAAAGUUGGAUUAUUUCUCGACGGAGUGUAUAUACUCUCCUGAAGCAUAUAGAGGUUUCGCCAGGACAUACAUCAAAGAUCUUGAAGCACUCAGGCCGUCAACUAUUAUAGACAUUAUACAUUCAGCCGAAAAUAUACGGAUAUCGGAUGUUGUCCAGGAUGCCUUACCAAAACAGCAGAAAUGCAAGCGAUGCGGCUACAUAUCCUCAAAUGAGCUCUGUAAAGCAUGUGUACUCCUACAAGGGCUUGAGAAGGGUACAGCGAAGAUGGCUAUCGGAAAUAAAGCUAAGCAUAUAUCCCAAGAAGUCACUGGGGACAUACGUACUAUCCCGAUGUUCAAAAUGCCAGAACAGCAACAGAAAGCAGAGCAGAGAGUGUAAAUUACUUGUAAACAUUUUAUAGAAUUAUAUAUUAUAUAUUUUUUGCAUCGAAGCAGCUUCUUGUGGCUUUGCAUUAUUAGCUUGGUUCUUGAGAGCCAACAAUUGCUUAGAUCUGAAAGCUUCGUAGUGAAUUUGAGCGGUGGUUUCAAUCAAAUCCUGUAAGUGAGUUCUUGUAAGGAAGUUGCGCAACUUGACAAAUUCACAGUGAUCCUCAUUUUCAACGUCGAUAACACCCCAGCGAGUUUUACGACCUCUAACUUGGUUACCGUUGACGUUGAGUGUCUUUUGUGAACCGAUGAUAGCGAAUGGGAGUGUCUCACGGACACCUUCGUUAAUCUCUCUUUCAUCUCUCUCGUCAUCUUCAGCAUCGAAUGGGUACAUCUUUAUUUGAUGGUAUGCCAACUCUGAGGCGAUUCUAGCCUUGAAAGAUUCGCGCUCGGUGAGUGUUAAAGAGUCUGAUUUGGCGAUAACAGGUAUAACGUUAACGACUUCAGCCAAUUUCUUCAUGACGAUGACAUCAAUUGGACGUAAACCGUGUCCUGAAGGGUUGAUAAAGUAAACACAAGCGUGUACUCUUGUGUCGACGAUGUAUUUGUCACGCAUGGCGGUCAACUCCUUACGGAGGUAGGCGGAGUGCUGAUCCUUGAUGUACUUAACGAUAGGUUCCCAGCAGCCGUCGUUGUUAACAAGGUCACCGAAUCCAGGAGUGUCUACGAUAUUCAAGCGAAGUCUGACGCCAUUUUCUUGAAUAACGUGGGAGACGGUUUGAAUUUCAGUAGUAGAGCGUGAUUGUUCGUCUGGCUGGAAGCGACCUUUUGAAUCGAUCAAUUGGCUCGCAAAUAAGGUGUUUACCAAGGUAGACUUUCCGAGACCAGUUUGGCCGACGACC